AUGGAAGGGGAAUCUUAUCACAAUGCGACCACCGUCAACAGCACCCCAGUAAAUCACCAGCCUUUGGAACGUCACAGACUGUGGGAAGUCAUCACCAUCACAGCUGUGACAGCUGUGGUGAGCCUGGUCACCAUUGUGGGCAACGUCUUGGUCAUGAUCUCCUUCAAAGUCAACAGUCAGCUCAAGACAGUUAACAACUACUACCUGCUCAGCUUAGCCUGUGCAGAUCUCAUCAUCGGAGUCUUCUCCAUGAACCUCUACACUACCUACAUCCUCAUGGGGCGCUGGGUGCUGGGGAGUCUGGCCUGCGACCUGUGGCUUGCACUGGACUAUGUGGCCAGCAAUGCUUCAGUCAUGAACUUGCUGGUGAUCAGCUUUGAUCGCUACUUUUCCAUCACGAGGCCCCUGACGUAUCGGGCCAAGCGCACCCCCAAGAGGGCCGGCAUCAUGAUCGGCUUGGCCUGGCUGAUCUCCUUCCUGCUCUGGGCCCCAGCAAUCCUCUGCUGGCAAUACUUGGUCGGGAAGCGAACUGUACCCCCAGACGAGUGCCAGAUCCAGUUCCUCUCCGAGCCUACCAUCACUUUUGGCACUGCCAUCGCUGCCUUCUACAUCCCUGUUUCUGUCAUGACGAUCCUCUACUGCCGAAUUUACCGGGAAACGGAGAAGCGAACGAAGGACCUGGCUGACCUCCAGGGCUCCGACUCCAUGGCCGAGGCCAAGAGGAAAAAGCCAGCUCACAGGGCUCUGCUGCGAUCCUGCUUUCGCUGCCCUCGACCAACUCUGGCCCAGAGGGAGCGGAGCCAGGCCUCCUGGUCAUCCUCCCGCAGGAGCACCUCUACCACCGGGAAGCCAUCCCAAGGCACUGGCCCCAGCGCCGACUGGGCCAAACCCGAGCAGCUCACCACCUGUAGCAGCUACCCCUCCUCAGAGGAUGAGGACAAGUCCUCCACUGACCGAGUCUUCCAAGCGGUCUACAAGAGUCAGGCCAAGGAAAGCCCACAGGAAGAAUCCAGUCCUGAAAAGACCAAGGAAACUUUCACAACAGUUCAAGCUGGACAAAAUGACUAUGACACCCCAAAAUAUUUCCCGUCUCCAGCUGCUCCUCCCAGACCCAAGAGUCAGAAAUGUGUGGCCUAUAAGUUCCGAUUGGUGGUGAAAGCUGACGGGAGCCAGGAGGCCAACAACGGCUGUCACAAGGUCAAAAUCAUGCCCUGCUCCCUCCCAGUAUCCAAGGACCCUGCAGCAAAGGGCCUUGACCCCAGCCUCAACCAUCACAUGACCAAACGGAAGAGAAUGGUCCUCGUUAAAGAGAGGAAAGCAGCCCAGACCCUGAGUGCCAUUCUCCUGGCCUUCAUCAUCACGUGGACCCCUUAUAACAUCAUGGUCCUGGUUUCCACCUUCUGUGACAAGUGUGUCCCGGUCUCCCUGUGGCACCUGGGCUAUUGGUUGUGCUAUGUCAAUAGCACUGUCAAUCCCAUCUGCUAUGCCCUCUGCAACAGAACCUUCAGGAAGACCUUUAAGAUGCUGCUGCUCUGCCGAUGGAAAAAGAAAAAGGUGGAGGAGAAGUUGUACUGGCAGGGGAACAGCAAGCUACCCUGA